AUAACAUAAUUUCGUUGUACUCCUGUAAUGAUUAUUUUACAGAAACAAACCAGUUUAUGAGUAUACAACGAAAGUACGGUUUUUGCAGUUUGUAUAAAAGUUUUCCGUGAGUGUUUUGUAUUUACAGUAGGGGUUAUGAGUAGCAAAGUCGAUUUGUAAACUUUUAUUGAGUGGACGACGGCGACGCUUCGACGUCUGCCGUUUAUAUCUUAGAACGAUAAGCAUUUACAAACAGUUAGAGUUAUACUGUGAAGGAAGCCGGCUGUUUUAUCAAAUUUUUCAAGCAUGGGUCCAAUUAAGCCAAAUCCAGCGAAGACACUCUUGCGCACCGACAUUGCGAGCCGCAUCGCAGCGCUGUCUUCCGACGAGAAGAAACGACAGUCGAAGGCGGUCUUUGAAAAGGUCAUAAACCAUCCUUUCUAUAAAUCAUCAAAACGAGUAGCUCUCUUUUUGAGUACGGAAGAUGAGAUCGACACGGCGCCAAUCAUAGAUCACGUCAAAGCCCGUGGUGCAUCGGCUUUUAUUCCGCAAUAUGCUGGUGGUAUCAUGAGGAUGCUGAUGUUAGAAGAUGGCGAUAAAGAGAACAUGGGUGUGACUAAGCAUGGAAUUGCUCAGCAUUCGAAGGAUCAGAAAAGGGAAGAGGCUUUAGAAGGAGGUGGUUUAGAUCUCAUAAUUGCCCCAGGAGUUGCAUUUACCCGCUCAGGAGCCCGUCUUGGUCAUGGAGGUGGAUAUUAUGACAGAUAUAUCCUUAAAGCUAGAAAUCACCCUGAAAUUGUGCCAAAGAAAAUUAAACUUUAUGUAAUAGCUGUAGCAUUCACUUGUCAGAUAUCUGAUAAUGUACCAAUGGACGAACAGGACCAAAAAAUCGAUGACGUCAUUACAGCAGACUCUUGAAAUAGCAAGCAAUACAUGGUGAAUUUUAUUUUAUUAAAUAGAGGUGUGCUGUACACGGUAAAAUAAAUUAUAAUUCGGUGAUUUCUUUUUAAUGAAAAAUCAUCGCUUUUUACAUACUCAUUUUAAAAUUACUCUAAUAAUGAUGAUAAAUUAUUGCCAAAGACGUUAUUUAUUACAACGGUCAGACUUUUCUGCAACUUUGCAGCUGCAGACUUUUCUGAAAUCAAGUUAACAAAUCUAAUUUUAUCCAUAGUGUCUUUCUCG